GUCACGUGACGCGCAGCAUCAUCUCUCGUCAGCGCUUACUUUUCCGCAUCUGUCUGUGGUUGUUGCUUCGUUAACUUUAGCCAUGUUUCCCUCAGUUUUAUCGGUCUGACAUUUCAUGUAGCUGCCGCUCGUGUUGUGUGACGGUCGGACGGACCGCUGUGCUACAUGUUGGUUCUUCUAACGGCCGGACAGCGUCACUUUCCAUUCAGGAACGAGCCGAAGAAGCUAGCUAGCAUCUCGCUGCUAGCUAACAGCUGGUUAGCUUCCAGGAGAAUAACGUCGCUGUGAGGCAACCAACCAGGCACAAAGCUUCUAUGAGCUACGUCUGUCCGCCCCAAUCAGAGGAUGUAUCCGCCUUCCAGAAAGGACUUCAUCUCUCUGACACUCAGUGAUCCGCACAGUCACACUUACAACAACGGCAAACACCGCAGACAGUCCUGCUGGAGGAAAUGGAAGCAGCUGUCUCGGCUCCAGCGAAGCCUCAUCCUGUUCCUGCUGGCUCUGCUGCUCAUAUUUGGACUGCUCUCCUAUCCCAGCAUCGCAGAGCAGUGGAGAGGUUUAUCUGACAAAGAAGACUGGCUGGAGCUAAAUGACAGAGAGAUGAAGGAUAUUCUUCCAGGUGUGGAGUCCGUAUUGGAUGGAGCUGCAGGUAAAGCUCUGCCUCCUGUGGCAGGGCCACAUGUGGGGCCAGCUGUGGAUCCAGAUGUGGGCGCAGAUGUUGUGAUGAAGCCCAGAGGACCAAACAUCCCCAUGUUGGCGAAACCUCCCACUAAGACUAAGAUCUUCUCAAACAAGAGAGGUCCGCCAAGCCUGCAGAAAGAUGGAAAUAUUUCAGAAACAGUCGCUGGGGAAAAGCCAGCACAAGAGGUGGUUCAAGAAGAAGAGGGAGAGGAGGAGGACAAAGACAAGAAGAUUGUCAGCUGGAGAGGAGCGAUGAUUGAAGCCGACCAGGCCACAGAGCCUCCACCCUCAGCCAAUGUGAAAGAAGCUGCAGCAGCCCCAGCCAACCCUGCUGACACUGUCACAGUGGAAGUUUCAGCUGGAGCCAUGGACAGACUGGAGGCAGUGCGUAAUGCCUUCAGACAUGCUUGGAAAGGCUAUAAGGAGUACGCCUGGGGUCACGACGAGCUCAAGCCCAUCUCCAAGUCUUUUGGCGAGUGGUUCGGACUGGGUUUGACGCUCAUUGAUUCUUUGGACACCAUGUGGAUUUUGGGUCUGAAAGAAGAGUUUGCAGAGGCUAAGGACUGGGUAGAGAAAGAGCUCUCCUUCGACAAGAACGUGGACGUGAAUCUUUUUGAGACAACCAUCCGUGUCCUUGGCGGUCUGCUGAGUACCUACCAUCUCACGGGAGACCAACUUUUCCUAGAAAAAGCUAAAGAUCUUGGGUCCAGGAUGAUGCCCGCCUUCAAAACUCCCUCAAAGAUCCCAUUCUCAGACGUCAACAUCGGGAAGGGAACAGCCCACCCCCCUCGAUGGACGUCUGACAGCACGCUUGCCGAGGUCACGAGCAUUCAGCUGGAAUUCAGAGAGCUGAGCCGCCUCACACAGGACCCACAGUACCAGGACGUUGUCAAUGAAGUAAUGAAGCUGGUCCACAAGCUACCAGGCAAACAAGACGGCCUGGUGCCCAUGUUCAUCAACACCAACAGCGGCCAGUUCACCCACAAAGGCGUCUUCACACUUGGUGCCAGGGCGGACAGCUACUACGAAUACCUGCUCAAACAGUGGAUCCAGGGAGGCAAGACGGAAGACGACCUGUUGGAGGACUACAUGCAGGCCGUGGAGGGAGUGAAGAAACACCUUGUGAAACAUACGGGGCCCAGCAAACUGACCUUUGUUGGAGAGUUGUCCCACAACCGCUUCAACCCUAAAAUGGACCACCUCGUGUGCUUCCUGCCAGGAACCUUGGCGCUGGGGGCCCACAACGGCCUCCCAGGGGACCACAUGGAUCUGGCUGUGCAGCUGACGGAGACGUGUCACCAGAUGUACACACAGAUGGAGACGGGGCUGAGCCCAGAGAUCGUUCACUUCAGCCUGCAGGCCAGUGAUGGGCGCGAUGUCAUUGUCAAGCCUGCAGACAGACACAACCUGCUGAGACCAGAGACUGUGGAAAGUCUUUUCUACAUGUACAGAUUCACCAAGGACACUAAGUACAGAGACUGGGGUUGGGACAUACUGCAGAGCUUCAACAACUACACUAAGGUCCCAGGUGGCGGCUAUACGUCCAUUAACAAUGUCCGUGACCCCGUUAACCCCGGGCCCCGGGACAAGAUGGAGAGUUUCUUCCUUGGUGAGACGCUGAAGUACUUGUACCUGCUCUUCUCCGACGACAUGGAGCUGCUCAGUCUAGACAAGUAUGUCUUUAACACAGAGGCCCACGCUCUCCCCAUAUGGCCCUCUCCACCCAAGUGAUGUCACCAUACGGGAGACGUCUGUAAAGAUGAGGCCUCACAGAGCCCUGUGUGAGUCAGAGACUGUUAUUGCCGCUCAGUCAGGCAAAUCUCUUAAGCAACCGUCCGAGCUGGACUGCUGUGAUGAGCAGUGAAGCAGACCUGUGCCGUCCACCUGUACUUUGAUACGUUUUCAUGUGAAGGAGUUUAUUUUGCUGUCUUUUUUUUCUUCUUUUUUUUCUUUCCUUUUUCUUUAUUUUUCCUAAGGAAAAGGUUUGUGUUAGAGCUGGUCUCUAAUGUAAAAAAGCUUUUUUAAACUCAGCUCUGACUAGCUGGUGCCAACAGGAGAAGAAAGAAGAUGGAGGGAGGGCUUUAUUACUUGAGUGACUGGGAUAGUUCUUGUAUGUGUGUGGUAACAACAAUCACGCCUCUGCGUUUACUUUGCCAUGUGAGGUUAAAAUCCUCAUCAGUCCUACAUAUACAGGUGUCAUAGCUUUGAAGGAGCCCACAAAUUCAUUUUAACUCACCGAUGUUUGAAGGUGCAGCAACCAAUGAUGGAAACUUAUGGAGCACGUUCAGCUGCAUUUAUAUUGAAACAGAUUGCCACAGUGGUGGAGUCACAUAUUAUCUGUAAAGUCUUUACUUUGGCAAAGCCCAGUGUACUUGCUCAUGUAUAAAAAGGACAUAAAAGAAGUUAAAGGAGCUGUGUGGGACAUUCAGAGCAUUAACACAGCAGCAAACCAUCAUUUGCUAUGUUAAGAUAUAGAGGAGUAAUGGCGUCCUGAGCAAAGAAUGAAGUUGAGCUUCCUCUGUGUGUGUUGUAAUCUGAACUUUGGUCCAGCUGCAUGUGCAUGUUAGUGCAUCUGAGUCCCUUAAGUGUGUCUCAGUCGAGAGCUAGUCGCCGCCACAUCGCACUGUGCUUAUACGGCAGUUACUGCUGAUAUUGGGUUGGCAUUGUUGCGGAAGCGUAGUGCCUACCGUCUGGUUACCAUGUUAUGUUAACAAUGAUAGCUCUGCCAGCACUUUUGAGUUAGCACUUUUAGCUUCUAGCUCAGCCACCUCCAUGUUGACUCUGAACUAUAGAUAUGCUCUGAAUGUUGCACACAGCUCCUUUCAGUUCUGCUUUUAAUCCUUUUUCAGACAUCCGUCCCCUGAAUCGUCCCAUCCUACGCGUUAGGAGCAGUGGGCAGCUACACUACAGUGUCCAGGGACCAAUUUCAGUUCUGAGGCCAGUGCCUUGUUGAAACGCAAAUGCGGAGUAUUCCUAAUACCUAACAUGCAUGUCUUUAAUUAAAUAAACACUUUGAGAAAAGUAUUAGGAUGUGUAUAGUGAGGAAGCUUGCCACAACUUGGGGGUACACAAAUACAAUUAUUUAAAACCUUAUUGGUGAUACUGUCGGAUGCAUCUAAGCCUGUUUUUGUUGUAUGAGUAUGAAUUUUAUUUAAGCCACUUUUUUGUUGCUUUCUGAUCAGUUCAACGUGUUGAGCUCAAUGGAUUCCCAUUGCAUGCUUUCCAAAAAUGAAGUUUGUCUUCUUUCAGCUCACCAAAUUAAAACACUAUAGCGGUUAUUAAGAACUGCGAAGCCCCAAAAUGCAUUGCACUUACAGUAACUUAACAUGGAUUUCUUAACGGGCGCCACUGUUGCAAAUGUAGCAAAGAUUUUGUAGAUACUGAAAGAUAAAAUGUUAUCUACGGUAAAGCUUCCUGCACAGUCACACCUCAUUGUGUUUUUAAGGACAGUCUGGUUGUUGUUUAUCGAUCUUUUGGUUUAAUGCGGCAGUGACAGAGUAUUCAGUGGGUUUAAAUCAUAUUUAUGUGACCUAAACAUUUGAAAGUGAAAGUAUAUGGAGGUCUAUUGAAUAAUUAAGGCUGUACACAUUUUAUUUUAUAGAUGAAUGUAAACAUUAAUCUCUACGUUUUAAUUUUACAUUCAGUCAUAGAGGAGCACUUGUUAGUGUGUUUACAUGCACUCUUGUUCUUUAUCCUAAUUUGUUUAGUUGUAUAUGAAGGGAUAUAAGUUAAGGCUUCCAUGCGGUCUUAAAGUGGAAACAGACAACUUUUCCCCCUAUGAGUGUUGGCACUGCUGACACAAAGACAACCAGAUCACUUUCCUAUAAAGCCUAACAACUACCACAGUUUCCUCCGUGACUUUGGUUGUUUCAUUGUCCUCCAUUUCCCCUUCUGGGGAUAGUAGCUGCAAAGAACCUACACUGAUACUCUUCGGUAACUGGGGAUAGCUGCUGAUAGCUACUGGUAAAAACCAAAGCACUAUCCUCUUCCUGUUUUAGUUGCACAGUGGUUGAGGCACUUAGUUUUCGUGGGAGAUCGCACUCUGUGACAGACAGAAUUGCAUAAAGGAAUGCGCCUAAACACAGAUGGCAUCAUUAUUCUAUAGUCAUUACAUAAAGCAACCAAUGUUUACUUCAUAAUGAUAAGCUAAAGCAAAAAAAAAGUCUAUUUCCACUUUAAAUCAGCAGUUGCUGUGAAGUUAGAUCUAAACUCAGUACAUUACCAGUUUGUGUGUCAGGGACAAUAUGCACGCAGCUGCUCAUUCAUCCUCUUCUCACAGACGACUUGUUUAAGAAAUGAAGUAUGUUGAAUUGUUGUCUUCAUACUUGAAAGAGUUUGAUUCAUGCUAUGUAGCGAUCCCUGACGUCCCAUCAAAUGUGAUGCAGAGCAGUGUGGGAGCGCUUGUUUUCCGUACGGCAACGUUGACAAAUCAAUUUGAAGGACACAUCCGGUGCACUGUCGGAGCUGUGUUUUUUUGCUAUCACUUUCAGUUCUUGAGUCUGAGAUGGAUUUACGUCUCGGAGCAUUUUUCAGCAUUAAGUGGUUAAUCGGACCAUUGUGUACAAGUUCUAACCAUCACGUUUUGUUAAUGAACUUCUGUCUAACAGAGAGCCAUAUACUGACCCGCAUCAUUGAAUGUGCACUACAUUUGCCAAUGCUCUGCUGUGCCUAUUGAAAUGUAUAUUGUGCUACAGUGGUUUGGUUCUGUUUUUUAUUGCUGCUGUAUCAGUGGUGUUUAUUUGUGCUACGGGUGGAAGUUUGAUUCACACUUACUUUUGGAUGAGUGGGUGACAAAACAACAUGGGUGUAAAUACUUUGUGUAAACUGUUUCUAACUUGGGUACUGAAUCUAACCUGUCCGUCCGCUAAUUAUUGAGCCCUUUCUGGUCUUUGCAUCUUUGUCAUCAAGUUCUGUUUCAAGCAGGUCAUUUUUGUGUCUACCCUUCUUUUUACGCUGCCCUUUUUCCUCUUCGUAAUGGUAAAUUUCAUGGCAUUCCGUCCAAAUAUCAGCGACAGGCUAAAAUUUAUGGAAACUGAUGUCUGAUAAUUGAGUGAUUAUCUGAGGUUUUUGCAAUCUCUUUUGCUCCACACUGCAAGGAGGAGGUUUGGGGGAUUAAAUAUCCUAAUUAGGAAACAUAUUUAAAAGAAGGCUUACUUGAUGUGACAAGGACAUCUGUACUACAACUGGAAAUUGGUUAAUUCACAGUGUUUCAUGGUUUAUUAAACCAGUUUUAAUUCCCGGUGCACAUAAAAUGAUGAUUAAAUGAGAGAUUUAUUUCAGUACAUUCAUUAAUAUGUUUCUCUAUUAACCUUGAGUGUUAAUGUGACCACAUUCGAACCAGACUUGACCUGUAAAGGAAGAGUUACGGUGCUGCAGUUGUCAUGAGGUCCUAUUAUCUACUGAAGAUGGUUUGUGUGACUUUCACAAAAAAUAUAACUCAAGGUACUUUUAAAAAUUAUCCUACAAUGUAGAAUUGUCAGCAUGUGCAUGGAGUGAAGUCCAUGUCUGAAAGCUGCUACAGGUGCUAAAAAGCAUAAAAGACAGUAAAAAUAAAGCCAUCCCAUCACAAGGUCACAAAUGUGGGCGGGGGAGCCAAACUGAAUCACUCAGUGGAAAACAGCCAUACCUUCUAAAGGAACAUUUUACCUACAAAUUAACCAUUUGUAUAUCAAUUCUUCACCCCAUGUUACGCUGAAUUUGCCAAGAAAACUUUAUUUUUCCGCAUGCCUCCUGUGAACGAUGAUCCAAAAAUGGGCAUAACUCUUGAUGCACGUUUCACAACAGUAAAACUAUAUGAAAACAUCCGUUCACAAACUUUCACACAACUCAUGCUGUGUAAUUCAAGUCUCAUUUAUCUAGUUAAAUGUGUAGUACUUCCCAGAGACAGGCAGACAGCUCUCUCCGACAGGGAACUGAAGUAGAAGUGAAACUUAUCUAUGCUCUCUACCAAACUCCAUUGACAAAAACAGUAAUUUUACCUCACUGAACACAGGAGCUGCUGGUCUCCCACUGGCUUGAGCUGUAGUUUUUAUGGUAUUGUGUGACUUUGUUGUUUUAAAGGGUUUGUUCGGAUUCAGCAAAGUCACACAAUAACUCUUAACUAACCGAUUGCAGCAGUGGUAGACCAGAAUCUCCUGUGUUCAGUGAGGUAAAAUUAUCGUUUGUCAAUGAAGUCUGGCUUUAAAAAGAGCAUAGAUAGAUCUCACUUUUACUUCAGUUCCCUGUCGGAAAAGGUUGCCUGUUUGGGAAGUGCUGAGCAAACAGCUGUAUAAAUGAGACCUGAGGCCUGUACUACAAAGCCAGUUCAACUUACCCAGGAUAUCUUCUCAUUAUCUGUCUCAACUAACCCUAACAUUGGCCGUCUGGAGAACGGGUACUACAAAAAUGGUUAUCAACUAGUUCAGUCAGCUCUGGGUUUUCCUAUCCAGCCACGAGCGCAUUCAUGUUAAAGAGGCGGGGGUAUUAAUUACGAGUGACAUCAUCUGAACCAAGAAUGAAAUAGGCUGCUUCAUAUCAUAUAAGAUGAAACAGUACCGAAAGUGUCUGGGCUUUACUGCAAGACAGUAAAAUGUCAGUGGCGUGGGAUCUAAGCGAUGCUCUGUAAUCUUAUAACAGAAAAUCUAGAAGCAUUGAAAACACUGUGCAAAAAUUCACCAUCAGCCAGGACUUAAAUUACGUGCAGGUGUCACUGAGCUAUAGGUGACAUAAGUAUAGAGCAUUUUUUGCUGUUCAGUUGGAUGAUGAUGAUGAAUAUAUCACAUAAGACAAUUUAAAGACUGUUUCUGCUGUCAAAGUCUACCUGACCGAAAUGUUGCAUUUAUAAUAACGAGCCAAAGAGCCAAUUAAUAGUGUGUGGGUUAUUUUACUUAUAAAAUAUCAUCUGUUUUAUGCUAGUUCUCAUCACACAGGUGUCUCAUGUUAUUUUGAGCUGCAGUGAUGGAAUCAGAGUGUAAAAGUAGCAGCUCUGUUACUGUGGACUGAAGUAAACUCUGCAUAAGUUGAAAUCCUGCUAAAGUCAUGUGUUCUGUGUUGAGCCCUGGAACAGUGAAAUGAUCCUACUGACCUAUAACAAUAUAUAGCCUCCUCUUUUUUACCCUAGACUCUAGACAUUUGUCCAUGGAUACUUUUUCCUCAGUGAUCUCAUUGGUCAGAGGUCAAGGUGUUGACAGGCUGUCAUCCGAUACUCUGAUGGUAACUUGCUUGGGGCAGGUUGGCUGUUCAGCAUGAGUUGCCAUGGUAAUUUAUCCUGGUAAAAAGAGAACUAGCUUUGUAGUGCUGAAAACCCUGAGAUAACCCUGAAGCUAACUUCAAAUCCUGCUUCGUAGUACAGGCCUCCAGAUUGUCUUGUGUGAGUUGUGUGUGAGUUUGUUUUUAAAUGGUCCCCCAUGACUUCAGUUCAUCAACAAUUUUCUUAGUUUUUGGAUUCUUCGUUCACUAAAAGGCAUGCUCGAAAAACAAAGUUUUUCUUCACAAAUUCGAUAUGACAUGCAGUGAGGCACUCAGCCCCAAGGUCAGUGGUUCAAUACAAAACUAAAAUAUGAUCUCCUGAAACAGCUGUGUUACUCAAACAGGAGAAAAUAGCAGAUUUGAUGGGAACUAUUUUCAGUGUCCGAUUAAUACACAGUUUGUUCUCUAACGAGUGUUUAUUGCAGCAAGAUGGUGUGUGUGAGAUUGAUUGUUCGUAAUAAUGAAGGAAUGUGUCACCCAGUGAAACAGUGCGGCUCACUGAGGUGUUUUUUUAUAGUUUCUGGAUAACAGUGGAGCUCAGUUUUUCCCUUGACCUUUAUUUGUUUUAUUCUGCGUUUGAAUUGAAAAGGCCUCAUAACCCUGGGCGCCGUGCCAUGUUGUGUAUCCACAGAGAGAUCUGGAGCCUGUCAAGUCAGAGCACAAAACUCAUCAGAUAAAAGACUCCAUUUCAUUCAGUAAUACAACUGUAGACAUGAAGACGCAGCAGGUGUCAGGGUCUUCACACUGAUAGAUACUUGGCUCUCUCUGUAUAAUUGUCUCUUUUAUCUUCAGCAGAAAUCAGCCUUUAUGUCAGAUAUUCAUGAUCGCUGUUUUGUGUUACGACGCUGAUGGUAACAGAAAAGAUAAAAGACAAGAAAUGACUCAUUUAGCUCAACGGUGAGCUCCCACAGAAGCUAUUUAAAUUCUGCCUUGUUUCAUUUUAAUUAUUUUUCUCCAGUGAUUCUUCCACAUUAAGGAAAUUGGGCAGUCUUGUCCCUUUUUUAAAAAAAUAUGUAUAAUUAUAAGAGAUUCUUAAGGUUGUAUUUGCAAAAUCGUGUCCAGAUUUUUAAGGUUUAUAAAACAUGAGGAUGCAGGAUUUUAAUGUACGGUAUUUGUUUUGGUACGAGGCAUUUUCUUCUAAUCGACACUCUCUUAUAUAAUUGGCCAAAUCCUACUUGUGAUGGUUAUGAUGAUAAUUAUUAAUAAUGUGAUUACUAUUGAUUCCAAGCCAUAGCAAAAUGACAGCGUGACUAUUUUACAUGGAUGUGGGCAAGAAAACAUCAGUGUAGUUCAUCGGCUUCUUGCCUGCAGAGGUUCCCUGUGUCAGGGGCCAAAGACAUGGAUCAAUGUUGUUUUUGCUGGUUCAAUCAAUUAAUUGAUUCAUGCUAGUAAAAAAAAAAAUCUUGACAGUAAUCACUUGAGCCAGUGUGUUAGCCUGCGAGUCGAUUCCUCAUCUGCAUAUUUUGAAGACAUGCUGACAUACAAAGUAUUUAUUUUAAUUCAGGUGAUUAUUCAUUUUCCUCCUUUUUCUUAUACAAACUAAUGAGUUCGGUUUUCAGAGCUGACAGUUUCACAUGGUUUGCACUUUUCAAGGUUCUUUGUCUGUCUUUUUAUCCGUCAUUUAUCAAAUCCACGUCCACUGUACAGAUGAUUGAUUGAGCACUUUGUAACUGGAGUUGUGGCUUAUUGCAAUGUUCACCCGAUUCAAACUUUUUUCCUGCCAACUAAAUUUUUAAAUAAAGCUUUUCAAUGAAGGGUU